AUUGGUGCUCAGUCCGAACGUAGCUUCUAAAGGAGAAUGACGGGGCUACAGCUGUUGGGGAUAUGUCUGUGUCUGGUGUCGGUGUCGUUGGUGCAUUUUGGAGCAGGCGGAGAAUAUCCCUCAUUCUGCACAACCUUUGAGGACAAGCCUGGCUGGUGUAAGCACUUCGGAGAAUGUGCCUACUUCAGGGAUCUUGUUACGAAAAUUAAGAAAGGAUUACCGCUAACUGAGGAGGAAACGAGGAUCAAGGAAAACGCUGGCUGCUCAACCAAAAAGACAUUCGUCUGCUGCGAAGAGCACGUGAACGGAACGGGACUGGAGCUGCUACAGCAGUCUGAGGAGGCAUGCGGCAAGUUCUUGAGACUCAAGGUGCUUGGCGGCAGCGAAAUCAAGAUGGGAUCGAGACCUUGGAUGGCUCUGCUCAAGUAUGAUGCUACAGAACCCGGCACCCAGGGAAGGGGCCAAUUUCAGUGUGGUGCCACGCUUAUCACGAAACCAGGCUUCGUCCUAACCGCCGCUCACUGCAUGAUCAAUGGAUUCCCCGUGGCAGUGAGGCUUGGAGAGCACAAUAUUACCUCUGAGGUGGACUGCAGGAUUGUGGACUCGAAGACAAGUUGUCAGCUGCCCUACGAGGACAUUGGCAUCGAAAAGAUCAUCCCGCACGAGGGAUACUCGAGAUUCACCCAAAAGAAUGAUAUAGCCCUCGUCAAGCUGGUGAGGGACGUGGUGUUUAAGGAUCACAUCAAUCCCAUAUGCCUGCCACUCUACGUAGAGCUGCAAAAGAGUAUCCUGGAGACGAAAGUUAUGCGAGUGACGGGCUGGGGCAGACAGACGGCCCAUGGAAAUGAUUCCGAUGUUCCCAUGGAGGCUGGGGUCUCCCGCCUGCCCCUCGCCAGCUGCACCACUAUGCAGAACAGAUCCAUCGCCAAGAACCAGAUCUGCGUCAGCGCCUCCCUCCAGGACAGCUGCAAGGGCGACUCUGGAGGCCCGUUGCUCUUCAACUUCUGGUACAAGAAGAGCAAACAGCGCUUUGUGCAGAUCGGCAUCGUGAGCUACGGCCCCGAAAACUGUGGCCACAAGGAGUUGGGAGAGACGGGGGAGGGUCAGACAUCAGUCUACACGGACGUCACCAGAUUCAUUCCCUGGAUCACCCGGACUGUGGCCCAGUAGCAGGAGUAGCGCCCAGAUGUAGUAUAUAAUUGCAUAAAUAUAUGAAAUAAGAUUGGGUACACAGA